AUGGCGCCGCCCAAGGCAUAUUCCCACGCGCCGGUCCCCGCUCCUGGGCACCACCCGUAUGCAGCUCAGCAAUCGCAAGAUUUACGGGCGUUGCUCAGCGAUCCCUACCAAGCCAGGAUGGCCGCUGUUCAGCCGCAGCAGCAACCGUAUCGUCAGGUGCAGGCGCAGGCGGCGCAUCACCAUACUCGGGAGAGGAAUGGGAAGAUGUCCAAGCAAGAUCAAGCCGCUGCUUGGGGUCAUGCGGACAACGGGGGAUGGGGCACUGCCGGUGGAGGGGACUGGGGCAUUCCAGGACAGGAUGCAGGAGGGGCUGGUUGGAGUUCGGGACAGGACGAUGGACUGCCGACACAGGAUGGGGGGGUGCAGAAGGGGACUCAGGAUUGGGGCACAACACUGCGGCUAGCUGGGGCGACAUAGAUGAGGAGGGGGAGGAAUCCAUGGAAGAUGAGUGGGUGGAAGAAGAGGAUGAAUGGGAGGAUUCUCGGAAGGUCCGGUUCGCCGACGACAAUCCUGCGCGGGCGGCUGCGAGAGCUGCGUCCAAAACGCCUGUUACCCAAUCCGCUCCCGCCUCGCGCACGAUGGCGAUGGCUACAGGAGGAGAGGCUAUACCAGGAAUAGCUCGGGUUGCCGCCCCUCCGGAGAACGGGGACUCUUCGAUACACGUCGUCGAAACGAGCGGAGCGGCCAUGAGUCCUGCCCAAACAGCCCUUUUUGGACGGGAUCGUGCAGCCAAAAAUCGAAUAUAUUGGGGGUUAUCCCCGCAUCAGAACAAACGCGUCUCAUCAUUACUUGCUUGGGUGAUUGCCAUGGAAGAUAAGAUAGCUGAGCUUGGACUACACAAGUUCCUCACCACUCGUGAGCGAGGGGCGCUAUUCAGCAAUGCCGAAUACACGCCGGCGAGCUCCUACGACAUGGCGUUUGAUUGGUUAACCUUCCCUUACUUGCAAUUCACGCGAGACAAGACAUUGCAAGAGUCUGUCCUCUUUUACAAGCCUGCGGAGGAGGUUGUCGUAUUCGUCUUUCUGCUGUCCCCCUCCCGCAAUAGUAUGGCCGUGUGGAGAAAAAAGAUCGCAAUUCCCGAUGAUCUUCGUAUUCGUUACUCGAAAGAGAUCCAAUCUGCUACAAGAAGUUUGAGAGCGGACUACGGGCCUUUGCACGUUGACGAGCUGCCUGCAUCGCCGACUGCCACUGAACCCUUACCUGAUCAACCUAAGAGACGGCGUUUCUUCGGUCGUUCGGAAUCAUCCAAGAAGCUGCAACGCGCUGAUGCAGAAGAGAGACGACGUGAGGUAGUCGAACAAAAGAAGGUUACGCUCGUCGAUCACGGCCCGGUCCCCAUGAUAGUCGACGGAAGAGAGCC